AUGGCUUCCAGUCGCCAACAACGGAGCAAAUCUCCGUUGCGUCUUCUCUCGUCCUCUCCAGCCCUGUCCUUCCUGAUCUUCCCUUUCCUCCUUUUCUUUCUCAGCUUUCCUGCACCUACCGCCGCCGUAGGCUCCGCCAUUAUCGGUAUCGAUGUAGGUACCGAGUACCUCAAAGCUGCACUUGUCAAACCUGGAAUCCCGCUUGAAAUCGUUCUCACCAAAGAUUCGAAGCGCAAAGAGUCGGCUGCUGUUGCGUUCAAACCUACCCGACAAGGCAAUGCCCCGUUCCCCGAGAGAUUCUAUGGUGGGGACGCUCUUGCUCUGGCUGCUCGUUUCCCCGACGAUGUUUACGUGAACCUGAAGACGCUCCUGGGACUUCCGUUCGAGAAUGGGGAGUCUGAGGUGAUCAAGUCAUACCAUAACCGGUAUCCUGCUUUGAAAAUGGAGGGUGUAAGUGAGCGAGGCACCGUGGGGCUGCGCAGCAACAGACUUGGCGAGGCAGAGAGGAAGGAUGCUUUUCUUGUUGAAGAGCUUUUGGCCAUGCAGCUAAAGCAGAUCAAGGCUAACGCUGAUGAAUUGGCUGGCAAAGGUUCGGAUAUCAAGGACGUUGUGAUAACGUAUCCUUCAUUCUACACCGCCGAGGAAAAGAGAAGUUUGCAGUUGGCGGCAGAGCUGGCAGGUCUUAGCGUCGAAGCCUUUGUUACAGAUGGCCUUGCUGUUGGGUUGAACUAUGCAACCAGCCGUACGUUCCCGAGUGUCUCGGACGGCCAAAAGCCUGAGUACCAUAUCGUAUUUGAUAUGGGUGCGGGUUCCACCACCGCCAGCGUUUUACGCUUUCAGAGUCGUACUGUUAAAGAUGUGGGACGAUUCAACAAGACUGUCCAGGAGAUCCAUGUCUUGGGUGAGGGAUGGGACAGGACUCUCGGAGGUGAUUCUUUGAACGACCUCAUCGUCAAGGAUAUGGUGGCGAGUUUUGCCGAAGAUAAGAAAUUGAAAGGUCGUGUUGCCCCUGCAGACAUCGAAGCACAUGGCAAAACCAUGGCAAGGAUCUGGAAGGAUGCCGAGAAGAUCCGGCAAGUCCUAAGUGCCAACACAGAAACGGGAGCUUCUUUCGAAAGUCUGUACGAAGAGGAUCUCAACUUCAAAUAUCGCAUUACGCGCUCCAAAUUUGAGGAGCUUGCUGCACAGCAUAUUGCCAGACUUGGAACACCACUGCAGCAGGCUUUGACGGCCGCUGGAUUGCAACUUAGUGAUGUCGACUCCGUUAUUCUUCAUGGUGGAGCUAUUCGCACUCCGUUUGUCCAGAAAGAACUGGAACGGGUUUGUGGCUCCAAGAUUCGAACAAGUGUUAACGCAGAUGAGGCUGCUGUUUUUGGUGCUGCCUUCAAGGGUGCAUCUCUUAGUCCUAGCUUCAGGGUGAAGGACAUCCGGGCAAAUGAUGCCUCCAGUUAUUCAGUAGUGCUGAAAUGGCCUUCUGAGAAGAAGGAAAGGCAGCAGAAGCUAUUCACUUCCACCUCCCAGGUGGGUCCUGAGAAGCAGAUUACCGUAAAGAAUCUGGAGGACUUUGAGUUUAGCUUCUUCCAUCAGGUCCCAGUUGGCGAUGAGUUUGUGGAGUCGCCAAUCCUAGGUGUAAAGACUCAAAAUCUUACUGCUUCUGUCGCCAAACUCCAAGAAAGUUUCGGUUGCACAGCGGCCAACAUUACCACCCAAAUCUCUAUCCGACUCAGCCCCGUCGAUGGACUCCCGGAGGUUGUCAGUGGCUCUGUGAGCUGCGAGGUUGAGGAUACGAAGAAAGGAAGCGUCGUUGAUGGUGUUAAGGAUUUCUUCGGCCUGGGAUCGAAGAAGGACUCACAGCAGCCCUUAGGAGAGGACGGGGAGGCUAAGGAAUCAAUUACUUUGGAGGUGGAAGAGGCCCAACCUUCUACAACAUCCUCAGCUGAUGAAGCCGCUUCCACUUCUGCAAAAGAAACCAAGAAGUCUACUCCCCAGACCAAACUAGAGUCCAUCCCCAUCAGCUUAGCUCCGUCCCCUUCGGGAAUUCCUGCACCCUCUUUGGCCGAGCUCACUCGUAUCAAAGGCCGCCUUAAUGCAUUCGAUGCGUCGGACCGUGAUCGUAUUUUGCGCGAGGAAGCUCUGAAUGAGCUGGAGUCGUUUAUCUACCGGACCCGGGAUCUGGUUGAUGAUGAGGAGUUUGUUACUGUGGUCAAGGCAGACCAGCUGGCUACUCUGAAGGAGAAGGCUGCUACAGCUAGUAGCUGGCUUGAUGAAGACGGUGCUGAUGCCACGACAUCGGAAUUCAAAGAUAGGCUGAAAUCUCUGAAAGCCAUCGUCAACCCUGCGCUACAGAGGAAGAACGAGAAUUCCGUCCGUCCUGCUCGUGUUGAGAUGUUGCAAGAGGCACUGAAAAAUGCCAAGACGAUAAUGGAUGUCAUGCAGAAGCAGAUUGAGCAGGAUGAGGAGCUCUACUCUUCGAGUGCUUCCAGUGCUUCGUCCACCAGCGAUGUCGAAACUUCGACCACUACCCCCAGUGCGUCGACACCGACCACUGAUUCCUCUGCGGAUCUCGAGGAAGACCCAUACUCAACCUCCACCAUAACUACAUCUACUCCCAAGUCUCAGCCCACAGGGCCAAAAUACUCCAUCUUCCAUCCGACCGACCUUGCCAUUCUCACCAACACGUACGAAUCAACCAACACCUGGUUCGAGACUCAGCUCGCAGCUCAGGAGAAACUAACUGCGUCCGACAACCCGGUACUUGUUAUAGCGGAUAUCGACGUCCGUCUCAAGGAACUACAGCGGAGCAUGAACCGGGUUUACGGGAAGAUGGGCGCCGCGGCAGCGAGGUCUGGAAAGGUUCCCAAAGACCAGUCAUCCAAAAAGGACGACAAGAAGGAGAAAACGGAGAGGCCCAAGAAAGAAAAAGAGCCUGAGAAAGAAAAAGACCAGAAGAAGGAUAACUACAUUAAGGACGAACUGUAG